AUCCUUCCCAGGACGUGUCCCUGCCUGCCAGGGCACUUCUACAACUGAAAUCCAAUUUCCUAAGAAGUGAAAAGGCAGUUCACUUGUUACUUACUGCCACCCUCAGCCCUGGGGUUUGUGCAUCUCUGGUAACCCACUGGGAUGAAUUCACCCUGCCACAAACUGUUCUGUGCCCUGCCCCAGCUGAUACAAUCAGGAACUGGGGUCCCCCACAGAGCACAGGGCAGCAGAAUUUCCUUGGAAAUAGUGUCCAGCCACCCUGGUCCUGCUCCCCCGCCAGCCCACAGGCCCCAGGCCAGGCCAGUUCCCAUUAAUUCCCCCAUUAAUUAAUGAGGGGAGUGCCAAAUGCCCCACUCCCACCUGAGAACUGACCCAUUCCACACAUUUUUUGCACCUACACAUGGAGAGAGAGUGGCAGCUCCCCUGGAUCAGGUGAGCUGUCCAGACAACAGACACAGCUGUGCCCCAGAGCCAGCACGGACAGGGAGUGCACAGGUACCUGGUACCUGCUGCCUCUGACACCUGGCAACAGCACCAACAGCUCAGGAAACACGGAAGGUACUGCCAUGGCCAUCAGUCCUGGGGCAUCACAAUGCACUGACACCCUGCAGUGGCCACCGUGGGUGAACAGAAGGCAGCCAGGGACACAUCACACUGGUGACAGUGCUGAGGGUGACCCAACCCCAGCCAUCUUCGAGGCUGUUUGCUCUCAGCAGCCGUUCAACACUGACACCAGCACCUAAAUUAAGCAGAAUGUCCCAGGUACCGAUGCACAAACUCCCUGUCACAGCUACAGCCUGAGCAGUUCAUGGAGCAAUCCACCCUGCCCCAGGAAAGCUGAACAGGAGCCACUGCCCACAUGGCAGCGAGCCCUGGGCCACACUGUCACACCAGCAGGCAGCAAAAACCCUACACAAACAGCUCUGUUCACAGGGAAAUGCACCAAAUUCCAGCCUUACACCAAACAAACACAUCACCAACCCACAGCUUCCCAUGCAGCAGGAGCUCCUUCCAGGACCAGAAGUGGCUGUGAGCAGCACAGUGCAUCCCCUGGGCACACAGGAAUCCCUUCUGGAGCUCCAAACCAAGCUCAGGUGUGUGUCAGUAACACCAGGCACACCUUGGUGCCUGGAGCUGGGGCCCCACUGUAAGGUGGCUCUGAGAAGACCCUUGUAACACGCUGGCAGUGACUGGUGACAUCCAGAACAUGGAAUUCACACACAAACAACAACUGGGAGCUACAGUCGAGGGUUAUCCUGGAACACUGUCAGGAAACCCCUACCAGUCCAGGUGUAGCAGCUCUGCCCCACACACAGACCCAGAAAUGUGUCUGCCUUGAGAGACAGGGUCAGGUUUCCUUUUCUAGUUUAUGAGAAGACGAUGUGCUCUGUCAUUCAGAGGAAAGGGAAGAGACAAAAGCAAUAGCAAACAUGACUAACUCAGGCCACAAGUCAAAAUGAGGAAGGAAACCACACACCAACAGAAAAAGGUCUCAUCUUUCUACACAUUUCUCCACUCUUAGCACUCUACUGGAGGCUUCUGCUGGCAGAGGAACAGCAGAUGGGGACAGCCACAGAGGCCUCUGCAACAGCUGCAGGUUUGCCCAGUCUGUUUCCAGCUAUGGGAGACUCUGCAAACACGAGCAGUGUUGGUAACACCAGUGGAGCACCCUCCUCUGCACAGUGUCCCCGUGACACCACCAUCACCCACCUGCUCUUCCCCGCGCUCUACACGCUCAUCUUCCUCCUGGGGCUCGUGCUCAACAGCCUGGCUUGCUGGGCUUUCUUCCACAUCCCAAGCACAUCAACUUUCAUUGUCUACUUGAAAAAUAUCUUAGUUUCUGAUUUUAUAAUGACCCUAAUGCUUCCUCUGAAGAUCCUGACAGACUCUGGCCUGGGACUGUGGCAGCUCAAAGCCUUUGUCUGUCGCUUCUCAGCCGUAAUAUUCUAUGACACCAUGUACAUCAGCAUAGUGCUACUGGGGCUCAUUGCUUUCGACAGAUUUCUCAAGAUUGUGAGACCUUUUGGGAAGUUCUGGGUGCAAAAUCUGACCUCAGCAAAGAUCCUGGCCAGUCUGGUCUGGCUCUUCUUCCUUGUUCUCUCUCUGCCCAACAUGAUCCUGUCCAACAAGACAGCGACGCCUCAGUCCGUGAGGAAGUGUGCCUCCUUGAAGAGCUACCUCGGACUCAAAUGGCAUGAAGCCAUCAACUACAUCUGUCAGUUCAUCUUCUGGACUGUCCUCAUCCUCAUGUUGCUAUUUUAUAUAAUUAUUGCCAAAAAGGUAUAUGAGUCUUACAUAAAAACACAGAAGAAAGGCAACAGAAGUGAAAAACGGAUCAAGGGGAAAGUAUUCAUCAUUUUCACCGUGUUCUUCUUAUGCUUUGCCCCCUUCCACUUCAGCAGGGUCCCCUACACUCUGAGCCAAACGAGUGGCCACAUGGACUGCCGCCUGCAGAACCAGCUCUUUGUGGCCAAGGAGAGCACGCUGUGGCUGGCAGCCACCAACAUCUGCAUGGACCCCCUGAUCUACAUGUUCCUGUGCAAGCCCUUUGUGGAGAAGGUGUUGUACAGGAGGGUAAAAGCUCUUCAGAGAACAGUCCAGACAAACCCAAACACUGAACUGGACACACGAGUGUCUCCUACUGAGUCUUGAUUCUUCAACAGCACACUGUACUCUGCAUGUUCACAAAGAACUUGAAAAAUAGUUUGGUUUACUUCUGCUGAAUAGCACAAAAGGGUGUUUGCCGAGUCAUAUUAACACUCAAUAAAUGCAGCAAAAUGGAUUUUCUA